AUGUUCAAUUGCUACUGGCGUACGGUGGAGCGCGUGUGGACGCGCGGACUCCUCUCUGUGCUCGAUGGCGAUCGCGUCGCCAACGAAAUUCGGGAGGGAAACGUCGCCACCUUCCCGCCGACAUCGAGCGUGCCGUCAAGGCUGUCACUCUUCACGGACGGCAACUUGCGGUCCCUGGCGGCGCAAUCGGGUGUGCCCAAGACGACGCUCGUACGCCAUAUGGCUGAAGAAGGAAGGCUCAAGUCCAAGUCCAGCUACUCCAAGCCCUACCACACCGACCGAAGAAAACAAGCGAGCGCGUAUGGAACACGCAAUAUCUUUUCGUUCGCAGUCGUCGAAUAG